CUACCUGUAGUUUCCUGGGAUAUCAAGCUUUAAGUUUGGAGUUGCACAACCUUUUACUUUAAAGUUUGGAGUUGGAGACAGUUUGUCCAGGGAGCGGCCUGCAGCAUGUCUGGAUCUUUGCCAUUCUACCAGAAGCACCAUCGCCACUAUGACCAUGGCUACAGAAGCAGGGAGACAGAGUCUAACUCAGCCAGUACCAGACCAGCAGCAGAUAUACUGCUGGCAGCAGCACCUCAGCCACCAGAACGAGUAGGGGACUUAAAGUGUCUUCACAUUCUGGGCUGGAGGCGAGCAGACUGAGCCCUGUACUCAAGAGAGCCAAGCCAACUUACUUGGCUGUGGAUAAAGAGAACCAAAUCAUCGGCUACGUAGUGCCUAUCUUCAGGGGCAGUCAAGAGUUUGGAUUUUCGAAUACAGAGGAAGCAAGGGUGAGGGACACUUCUGCAUACAUGGCCCGAAGGGAUUUGUUCACCAGUGGCCUGGAGAUGGAGAGGUCAGAGCAGAUCUCCAGGAGGGAGCCAUGCGCGAGUCGGCGGAACGCAUCUCUCUAAACAAAAGGAUUCAUGAACACGGGGAACACUUUAAGCGCAUGAACGAAGACAGCCUAAUGCACGCCCCGGAAUUUGUGAUUAAACCACGGUCCCACACUGUGUGGGAGAAGCAGUGUGUGCGGCUGCAUUGCACUGUCAGUGGCUGGCCUGACCCACGAGUCGUCUGGUACAAAAACAAUGUGGCAAUUGACCCAAUUGGCAAUGCUGGGAAGUAUAAACUUGAGAGCAGAUACAGCGUGCACUCACUGGAGAUUAACAGAUGUGAUUUUGAUGACACAGCGCAGUAUCGCGUCUCUGCCAUGAACUCCAAGGGAGAGCUGUCUGCAUAUGCCUCUGUCGUUGUUAAAAGUGGGUUUCACCAAGUAAAGUCUUAA